ACGUUCUCAUCCAUCCAUGGCGAAAGGAGGAGAGGGCAUGGCGCCGACAAGCUCUCCUGAUGCACACGACACCGACAGAGCUCAUGGCGAGAUGAACCCACCAGAAACUUCUCAAGCCCUUGAGAAGACUGCUCCGAUGCUGCAAGGCUCCGGCAACGCCCUGCCAGAGGUUCGACUCGAGCCGUUCAACGGAGAAGUCGAUGGUUCGCUUGCCUACAAGGUCAGAGACAAGCAGUUUGUUCGCAUUUUCGGUUGGCGCCCGAAGGACGAGAAGCUUGACAACGGACCGCUCUUCUAUGCUGAUGCUGAUGAGAAGAAACCUUUGACUUGUCUAGACGCGUCUGAAGGGGUCGACGAGCUGCAAGCUGGAUGGAUCGUGGAGUGGGAGGACACAGACCUCAACGGCACAACUGAAAGCACUGCACGUGCAGGGCCCGGGAUCUCAUCAGGAGCGGCGGCUGCAGCAGCAGGAGGAGCUCUGGGCGGUGCGAUGCUCGCCCCAGCCGCUGCCGUGGUUGGAGUACAAGCCAUCGGUUUCACCAGCACGGGCAUCGUUGCAGGCAGCACGGCAGCGUCGAUGAU